AUGGUGAUUUUUCUUCUUUUUGCAAUAUCCAAUUGCAUUUCCUGCUGCAUCUAUACAAAAAGUGAGAACCUCUGUCCAAAAGAUGAUAUAAAAGUUCCAAUUCACAAUUAUUCAGAUUGGGAUGAUUUAAAAAGAAAGAUAGAAAACGAUACAGUUGUUAUUUUCAAUAUUGCAGAUUCUAUUGUACAAGAUAAUACAUUUUUCGAUACAAUCAGACUUGGAUUUAGUUGCAAUUUUUCAAUCGUCGGUUUAAAUCAAGACACAAAAUUAAAAUUUGAUGCACUCGCAUACUAUUUUUCUUAUGAUAUCACAUUAAUGAACAUCAUGAUUUAUAUGAACAGCUUCCAUCUCUCAGCAAAAGACUUAAUUUUGAUAAAUACAAAAUUUAAUUUAGAAAAAGAAUUUCUCAUCUCAUGCAACAGUAUUUCAUCUGAUUUAACAUCAUUACCACCAUAUCUUAAUCUUCAAACUUCAAAAUUUCAAAUUAUAAGUAAUUCAUCAGUUGAAAACAUUCAAUCCACAAUUGAGUUCAAAUCAAUUUCAUCCAAUGUUGAUAUAGACAUAAUCAACUCCACAGAGAAUAUCGAUUUUGGUGCUGUUUUUCGAGGUUUUUCAAUUUUACUUGGAAAAGACAACAAAAUACAAAUUAAUCCAUUCCAAUGUUCAGUAAACAUGACAAUUAACAUGAUUGCUCCUAAUCGUAAUCUCAUAUUAAGUAAAUAUUUUAUUUCUCGAGCAAUUCAUGAUUCAUCAAUCCAUUUCAAUUUAAUAGAACCAACAAAUGUAUAUGCUGUUAAUUUUCGAUCAAAUAACUUCGAUUAUUAUUUAAUUGACCAUCAGAAUGUUCAAUUUUAUGUUCAUGCUUUUAAUGAUAUCAAUUUUGAGUCAAAUAUAAAGCCGAAUUUAAUUAAUUUUGAUUUAGUUAAUUCAAAUGCAACUUUCGAAUUUAGCAAUAAUUCUUAUAUACAAAGGUUAGAUUCAUUUAAUUCAAACAUAACAUUCAUUUCAACACAACAUAAUAAUUAUAAAGUUGAACUAGUUUAUUCAGAUAUUAGAAAAUCAACAAUAAAAUCUAGUGAAAUUGUUGUUGGAUUAAAUAAUGGUGCUAAUUUUUCCAAUUCAUACUUUUACGGUCAUUACGUAUUGGAUGGAAUAAAUUUUAGAUGCUCUGGAGUUCAUUCUUACUUCCAAAAUGUAGAAAUUGUAAAUAACAUGACAAUGACAUUUGCUCAUCCAACAAAUAAUACUUUACAAAUAGAUAACUUUAUCAAUGAUUCUCAAAAAAAUCUCGGUUUUGUUCUUAAAUCAGGUUCAACUUACUAUUCAAACUUUAUUUGUAGUCAUCAAAAGGAUUUCAUUAAAAAUAAUAGAAUCAGAUUCUCUUAUGAAGAUUCCAUUAUGAUAUAUGAUAUUUUAAAUCAUGAAUCUGAAACAAAAGGAGAAUAUUGUAUUGAUUUGAAGAGAAUUGAUAAUAAUCAAUAUAAAGAAAAUCUAAAAAUGUGUCAUGUUCAGUCAAGUAAUAAAAAUUGUCCAUCACAAUAUAUUCAAAACAUGAAUUUUGACAAAUAUUAUGCAAAUGAAUCAUCAUCAGUUAAUAUCUUCUUUGUGAUGAAUAACGCAGAUACUAUUGAUCUUUCACAAUGUCAUAAAAAUGUAGCUAUAGAAUGGAUUAAUUCCAAUUCAAGCCAACUGGAUUUAACAAUCAUUGGAACAUCUUUCAUUACAUUGGAAUUAAUCGGAAUAAAUGCAUAUUUCAGCAAUGAAAUUGAAUGUGAAACUUUAAUCUUGAGAAAUUCCAAUGUUAAUUCCAAAUUUUCUGCAGAUGAAAUUAAAUUUGAUCAAUCAUCUUCAUUUAUCAAAGACAAUUUAAUAACAACGAAAUAUGAAUUGCUUAACUAUUCUCCAAAAAUUAUUUCAUUUGAAGAAGAAACAAUCAAAAUUGACCACAUGAGUUUUAUAAAUAAUGAAACAAUUACAAUUGAUAACAACUUAGCUUGGAACACCGAAAUCAAUCUUAAUUAUCAGUCACCAGGAUUUUUAAAUCUAAUUAACACGAAUCCACGUUCUUAUAUAAUUAUUAAUUCAAUGAAUCCAUCUGCAACAAAUAAAUUGAAAAUUGAUCCUUGUGGAAUUGUUGCUUUUCGAAGUAUAACUGGAAAAAUACCAAUUAUCUUCAGCAUAUCAUCUGAAACGGAAUUUCUUAUCCUAAAUAAUGAUACAAUUUACUUCGAUAAUAUAACUAUUAAUAAUAGUUUGAAUUUCGUUCUUGGAAAUGAAAUUAAUGUCCUGAAUUUAAGGAUAGAUCCUUCAGGACAUAUUGAAUCUGGAUUCGUCGUAGGUGAUGAAGUGAGUUUUGGAUAUAAAAAUUAUCAAUACAUUGGAAAUGUUUCGAUUUCUCAAAUGAAUUUUGACCAAUUUUCUCUCUUGAAUAUAAUUUACAAGCCUAAAAAAGCAGCAAAAUUAGAAAUAAAUCUUAGUGCCACUUCCAUUCCAUAUAUUGAAAUGGAAUACUAUGGAUCGAUAAAAGGGAAAAUUGAUUUCAAUCUAGUUGAUGAUGAAAUAUUUGGUGUCAACAACAAUAUAGCAGAUAUCAAAGUUCCUGUUCUAAAGAUCACCAAUGCAAAGUGUAAAAAUUGGAAAAUGAAUAAUCAAUUUAAGAAAGAAAAACUAAUUGAUAUUGAAUGCAUGACGGAGAACAAUAUAACAACUUUCUAUAUUGCCAGAAAGCACAUAUUAGACAAUUUCACUAAGGCAAUUAUUAUCAUUAUAUCUAUUGCUUGUUUUGGUUUUCUAGCUUAUGGUGCAUUCACUGUCUUUGUAAAACUUAAAAGAAAAUCAGAACUAAAGUACUUAAACAAAAUUUAUGAAGAACAAUCAACAGAACAGAGUCUUCCAGAAAAGUCGGAUGAUUCUGAUGCAUAUUAA